ACGAGAGACCAGAGAGGACGAGACGCGAUGCAUGUCCCCGUCGAGACGGCCAAGACGGCGGCCGGCGGCUACCACCACCACGGCGGCUUCGUGACGGCCACCGUCAACCCCCAGCAGCUGCAGCAGCUGCAGCAGCCGCCGUACGAGACCACGCCCAACAACAGGGACGCCAGGUUCCUGUCCCUGUUCACCGUGGUGCAGUUCGACAACCAGCCCUGCGCCGCCGUGUCCGGAGACAACGGCACCUGCCUCGCAGUGGCGGAGUGCGGCGCCAGGGGCGGCAUGCCGUCCGGGCCGUGCGCCAACAGCUUCGGCGUCUGCUGCGUGUUCAUGGCGACCUGCGGCCAGAGCACCAGGGAGAACUGCACGUACUUCACGAACGCGGGCUACCCCAGCGCCUCGGACGGCACCGGCUCCUGCCAGCUCACCAUCCACAAGGCCCGGCCCGACAUUUGUCAGUUCAGACUGGACUUUGACCAGUUCAACAUCCAGGGCCCGGAGCCGAUGAACCACGUGUGCAGCAACGACCAGUUCAUCGUGUCGGGCGGCAGCCCCGUGCCGGCCAUCUGCGGCGUCAACACCGGCAACCACAUGUACGUGGACGCCGGCAUGGGCGUGACGAACCCCGUCACUCUGACGUUCGUCACCAGCGGCCCUUCGUUCGCCAGGAACUGGAAAGUGAAGAUCUGCCAGAUCCCCUGCAGCUCGACGUACCGCGCCGAGGAGGGCUGCCUGCAGUACUUCACGGGGGUGUCCGGCACCAUCAAGUCCUUCAACUACGACCCCAACGCCGGCCUGCAGCUCUCCAACCAGGACUACUCCAUCUGCGUCCGGAUGGAGAGGAACUUCUGCGGGAUCCAGUACACCCAGUGCACCGACACAAUCAACAACCGGACGCACUCCUUCACCCUGUCGGGCAACACGCAGGGCCAGACGCCGCUGAGCUCCAUGACGGGCAGCGCGCAGUGCAACGCGGACUGGCUGGUCAUUCCCUGCGUCAACAACGUGGGCCGCGUGUCCAUGGGGCCGGCCACCUCCACCUGCGUGGACCGCCUCUGCGGCGGCACGCUCAGCGCCGAGAUCGGCACCACGCCGUCCACCGUCUUCAGCACGGUCAAGCCCUUCCGGCUGGCCUACCACACCAACAACGUGGAGGCGCCCAACGACGCGGGCAACCGGGGCUUUUGCCUCAACUACGUGCAGCAGCCCUGCACCAACAACCUCAACUAGAGCCGCGCGGGUCCACUGUGCGUCCCGCCAUCCCGACUGAGAGGGCCUGUUACCUCAAUUGUGUUCAUGAGCGCUUAGGCAGGGGGUGUCUAAGAUGUGAUAAAGAGUGUCGACGAAAAUGUUGCGCUCCUGCAUUUGUUAAGCUGUGUUCAUGUUAUGUUUGGUCCUUUGAAUCAGUAAAGUAAUUGUUUUUGUUUA